AUGGCGAGCGAAAAGGAUUUACACAGCGGCGGCGAUGAUGCGAAUGGAAAUCACGACAUGGUUACGCCCCUUACAACGAGUCAAGCAGUGUUGCAAUACUUUUGGGAUAUGGCGUCCUACGACGAGAAUGUCCGCGUCGCCGCUGCUCGUGCCCUCGUCAAGGACCUGACGGACGACCAGUCAAAGCACCUCGCCACGCUGGGCAAGGACACCGAGCCCCCGCCAGAGGAGGGCGCCCCCAAGAUCAAGCUCCUGGAAUACCACCUCCGCCGCUGCUCCCCAACAAUGGUCUACACUCUUCGGCGUUUGGCUCGCGGUCUGGGUUCCUCCCGGCAGGCCGCCCGCCAAGGCUACGCCGCCGCGCUGACGGGGCUGCUUGCCGCCACGCGCUGUGUCACCACGGCGGGAGUGCUGGUGCUGCUAGAUGUCUGCAUUGACGGACCGCUCAAGGGAGGGGACGCCAAGGACACCCUCCUUGGCCGAUUGUUCGGGUACGGCGCCGUGCUCCGUACCGGACUGCCCCUGGAGCCGUCCGCGCAGUUGGCCCUGUUCAACGGGCUGCUGGACUGCGGUCACCGCAAGUCGUUCCUCCGCGAGUGCUCUGCGGCGGUGGCUCUGGAGGCGGCGCAGCGGAUGGACGAGCAGACCCUGGCGGCGCUGGCGGCCCCCGGACAGCCCCUGGCGGCGAUGCUGUCGGUGGCGCCAGCGGAGGCAACACCAGAGGCGCUGCUGCUAGCCCUCGCCUUGUGGCCCAAGCUGCCGCCCAGCGUGCUGCGCACUUGCCGCCUGCUGCCCGCCAACACGCCCCGCCCGCCCGCGGAGGUGUUCUUUAGGGCGGGGUGCCCGGCGGGCAGCGUGCAGCUGACGGCGGAGGCCGUCGCGGCCACCUCCGCCGGCCUCUUCAGCCGCGAGCACCUGCAGCUGCUGCUGCCCGCACUGCUGGCGACCUCGGGCAGCCACCCGCGCAUGCACACGCUGUGGCAGUACUUGCUGCCGCUGCUACUGCCGGGAUUUAAACCGCACAGGAACAUGGACCUGUUGGAGGUAGCGACGGCGGCGACGGAGCCGCCGGGCGGCGGCGAAGCCGCCGCUGCCGCAGCCGCAGCCGCUACCGGCGGCGACAAGAAGGCCGCCAAGGCGGCUGCGAAGGCUGCCAAGGCGGCGGCUGCCGCGGCCAAGUCCGCCGAGGGCAAGGGCUCCGUGGAGGGUCCGCUGCUGGAGGCGUUUUGGAGUGUGGUGGUGGAGGGCGGACUGAUGGGCAGCAGCUAUGACCGGAAGUACCUGGGCUUCCAGCUGUUCAGCCGGGUGCUGCCCCACCUGAGACCGGAGCACGUGCCGGUUGUGUUUUCCCCCUCCUUCACGCGCACGUUGGUCGCGAGUGUGAAGCGCUCGGACAGCUACCUGCACGCAAGUGCAAGGAAACUGCUGGACGGUUUGUCGGCGUUCCUGGAGCGGUCCAGCGGGGCGGACAGCGGAGUGAAGAUGGCGGUCGCGGGGGCCCUGCAGGGACUGGGGGGUAUGGCGGUGAAGCAGCUCACCGCCAGCAAGCUCACGCAGAAGCUGGUGCAGGGUCUGGACGGUGAUGGAGUCCACCGCUACGUGGAGUCGCUGAUGGCGGCCUUCCUGAGCGGGGCGGCCCCCUUGCGGCCCGGGGGGGGCCUGGGGGCGGGAGGGAGGGACAAAGGGGGGGACAAGCAGCAGGAGGACAAGGAGGAGGAGCCGGAUGUGGCGCAGCUGGCGGCAGACCGGCGCUGUCAGAGCGUGGAGCAGCUGCUGGCCGCCCUCAAGUUCCCUUCAGCUGCCCCCGCGGACUGCGAGGGGGGUAUCAGGUUCCUGGCGCUGCAUGCCUUUGCGCAGGUGCAGGGGGGCAAGGAGAGCAAGGCAUCAAAAUCUAAGUUGUUGGAGGUGCAGCAGGCGGCCAAGCACCUCACCGUGCCGCUGAGUCCGGCGACCAGGAGCACCUGCGCCUCCCGCCUGCUGGCCCUCCUAACACACCUCGCACGUACGGCGCAAGCGCGCAUCCGUGCCGUACAUCAACACCAGCAACACAAGGCGGAGGAGGGCAAGGGAGCCACAGCCGGCAGCGCCGGUGCACCUGCGACCAAGAAGCGCAAGAUGGCCACCGGCGUUGCCGCCGCUGAGGCGGAGGCAGCGGAGGCUCCGCCGCCGUCAUCCGUACACCAGCACUUGCACGACACGCUGUCGUACAUCCGUAAAGCGCUUAAAGCGCCUGGCGUUACGCCGGCAGCGGAGCUAGGUGAGGAUGGUGACAAUGCGUUGCAGCUGCUGGCGGCGGUGGAGACGGCGUCCCUGGAGCGUCUGGCCCAGCUGGAUACCGACCGACCCGCGGGUCAUGCGGGUGGGGGCGCCGCCGCCGCCCGGCUGCGGUCUCUGGCGGCUCUGGCCGCGCACUUGCAGCUGCAGCUCUUGGCCGAUCCUGAGGGCUUCGAAAUGGACUUGCCGCUCAGUUUGCGGCGAGUGGCAGUGGAAGGGCUGGGGGUGGAGGGGCUGCCGGAGGUGGUGGAGGAGGAGGAGGGGGCCGAGGGGAAGCAGCCAGCAGAAGAGGGCUCCUGGAGCGACGUGUUGGUGGACGUGAUGCUGGCGUUGAUGGCGCGACCCGGCGGGUCGGUGCCCAUCCUGCCUAUCCGCGAGGCGGCUGAGUCGCUGUGGCGGCAGUGCUGCGAGGGCCUCAGUGGGGCGGGUGUGGCGGACAUUGUGCGGGUGGUGGCGGCGGGCGGUAAGGGCGAGGGGCAGGACGCGGCCGGACUGUUUGAGAGCGACGACGAAGAGGAGGGGGAGGGGGAGGGGGAUAGCGAGGAGGAUGACGAGGAGGAAGAGGAAGCGGAGGAGGGGCGGAAGCCGGCGUCGAAGAAGCGGAAGAAAAGUGACGAGGAGGAAGAAGGGGCCGGCUCUGGCGGCUCCGAAUCCGACGAUGAUGAUGACGACGACGAUGAGGAGGUGGAUGGGAGCAGCGGCGAUGGAGAGGAGGGAGCUGGCCGGGAUAAAAAAGCCAAAAGGAAAUCGGAGGAGAGGGCCAAGGAAAUGGCGGACGAAGACGACGAUGACGAUGACGGUGACGCUAUGGACGACGAGGCCAUGUUCCGGAUGGACUCCACGCUGGCGGCUUACCUCCGCUCCAUGACGGGGGGCAGGGCGGGGGGGGCAGCGGCGGCGGAGCGGGCGGCGGCGCUGCUCAACUUCCGGUUGAGGGCUCUGGGGCUGCUGGAGAGCUUUGCCAAGAAGGUGCGGGGCGCGGAGACCCUCUUGGCGCCGGAAGAGGGUGUGGGGGAGGCGCCCAACAGCCCCCUGCUGCUGGCCUGUUUAGUUCCCUUGCUUCGCGCCCUGGCCACCGCCUCGCGACCCGGGGGUCAGCCCCAGAUGGCCACACGGCUGGCGGGGGUGCUCAACAACAAGCUGUGCAAGUGCAAGUGCCCUCACGUGGACCUGGCCGCCCUGGGGGGCCUGGAGGGCUACUCCACCUCCCUCAAGAAGCUGCUGUAUGAGGCAUCACGCAACCGGGACAAGGUGGUGGCGGGGACUGCGUGGCUCGCCUUCACCGCAAUGCUGAGGGCGGGGGCUGCGACUGCGACUGCUACUGCCAGAAACGGCGUGGGAAAGGAGAAGGGGAAGGAAGAAGGGAAGGGGGAGGAGGCGGAUGUCGUGGAGGCCGCCCGGUCCGCCUUCCGUGCCGCCCUCACGGACUUGCUCACGAAGAAGAAGACCCGGCUGCAGGCCGAGGGGCUGGUGGCGGCGUUCCGAGCCGCACCCGGCGCCUGCCUGCCCUCCCUGGACAUCCUCCUGCAGCACGUCGUCACGGGGCGCAACGCGGCGGUGCGGGCGGCGGCGGCGCAGCUCGUGGCGCGGCUGUUCGCGGCGCCGGCUGCUGUCGCCGUGGCUGAGUCCCUCAAGCGGCUGCUCCCCGGCAAGCGACCCGCGGAGGUGCUGGGAGCGGACAAGGUGAACGCCAUUGCGAAGGCCCUGGUCACGGUGCAGGGUCUGGGUGUAAUAUCAGCCAAGGUGGACAAGCCGCUGCACCGGCUGGCGGAUGUGAUGGCGCUGGGGCCCCUCCUGGAGAAGACCAAGCCGGAUCCGGCACUGACGGCCCGCAUACAGAAGGCGCGGCCAGAGGGCUCCGCCAAGACCUUGACAGGGAAGGACAGCAAGGAAGGUAAGAAAGGCAAGGAUGGAUCGGCCGCGGACACGGGCGGCAAGACGGCGGGCAAGGAGAAGACCAAGGACCUGAAGGGCGUUCAGGACCUGACGGCGAGCGGGAAGAGCGGCAAAAGGGCCGAGGAGGUGAAGGCACGGAAGCAGCAGGAAGAGAGUAGUGGUGACGAUGACGAGGAGGAGGACGAUGCGGAAAUGGAGGACGGUGGCGGCGGCGGCCCCAGCGGAAGCGAGGAGACCGGCAGUGGCAGUAGCAGUGGGGAGGAGGCCUCGGGGUCGGAGUCGGAGUCAUCCGGGCAAGAAGACGAGGAGGAGGAGGAGGAGGGGCUAGGAGUUUCGGGACGGGGGGAUGGCAAUGGCCUGGAGGAGGAGAGGGAGGAGGGGCGGGGGCCCGGUGCAGUUCGGGACGGAGGGCGACAUAGUGCGCGGGGGACGGGUGGCAGAGGGAGGGGCGGCCGAGGUGGCCGAGGUGGCCGUGGUGGUAGGGGCGGUAGGGGCGAGCAGCAGGGGAUUAAGGGCAAGGCUGGUAGAGGUGGCGAUGCGGUGUCGCAAGGCGGCGGCAGUGCGGCUAAGAAGGCCCGUCGCGGGACUCCACAUCGCAGCUACAGCAGCUAA